CAUGUAAUGACGGUUUAAGUGGGUAAUAUAGGCAUCGCCAAACAACCCCUUUCUCCAGAGCUAAGCAUUUUAAAGGGUUUUACCGUUGAAGGAGAACAUUUAAACCUCACAAAACCUUCCUGCUUUGUCGACUGAAGCCCAGACAAACAUGUAUCUUCGACAAGCCGCUUCUAAUUUCGUAAGAAGAAUCCCUAAAUUACCUUCCCGAAUCUUCUGUUCUUCGGGUGACACAACCAUAAACGCAUCGCCAUUGCCGCUUUUCUGCAAAAUUAAAUUCUCCAAUCAAUAUGGCUUUGGAAGUUAUAUGCGGAGAAAAAAUCAAGAAGAUUCAUUUCUAUGGAUUCUUUUGUUUGGUCAAGCUGGUAUACUUCUUUCUCGGUUCCUUGGGUGACAAUUUUGCCACAUUGUUAGGGAUAAAUUCCACAAUUGUCUUAACAGAAGAUGUUUCAAUUCAAUCAAGCUCUCAAAGUGACCUUGAAGGGUCCAAUGCAGUUGGAUUAACCAAAAUUGAGGAUGGUUCUGUGAUAUCUAAUAUUCACACCUCAAAAUGGCGAGUUUUUACCGAUAAUGGGAGGGAUUUUUUCAUGCAGGGAAAAAUGGAGGAAGCUGAAAAGUUUUUCCUUUCUGCUUUGCAAGAAGCUAAAGAAGGAUUUGGAGAGAGGGAUCCACAUGUUGCUUCUGCAUGCAACAAUCUGGCAGAGCUGUAUAGAGUUACGAAGGGAUAUGAUAAAGCUGAACCUUUAUAUUUGGAGGCCAUUAACAUACUGGAGUCCUCAUUUGGUCCUGAAGAUAUACGUGUUGGAGUUGCUUACCACAAUCUCGGACAAUUUUAUCUUGUCCAACGAAAACUAGAAGAUGCUUGUAGGUGCUAUGAGCAUGCUUUGAAGAUAAAGGGACGUGUUUUGGGACAUGGUAAUGUAGACUAUGCUGAUACAAUGUAUCACCUUGGGAUGGUUUUUUAUCUCCAAGGAAAUGAAAAGGAUUGUGAGGCACUCUUUCAGGAUUCAAUCAGGAUAUUAGAGGAUGCUGGUCAAGGCGAGUCAAUGACAUGCAUAAGGAGGUUGCGAUAUCUUUCUCAGAUAUAUAUGAAAGCCAAUCGACUUGAAGAGGCUGAGAAUGUACAAAGGAAAAUACUACAUAUUAUGGAGUUAUCAAAGGGAUGGAAUUCUAUGGAGACAGUAAUUUCAGCUGAAAGGCUGGCCCUGACCUUACAAUCAACUGGGAGCUUAAGGGAAGCACAAGAACUUUUUGAAAGGUGUCUUGAUGCACGGAAAAGUUUACUUUCUCCCAACCAUGUUCAGAUUAGCGCCAAUAUGCUUCACAUUGCAAGGGUAGCAAUGCUAAAUUCCAACCAAUUAAGGAAGAGGCACGCAUCUGAAGCAAUUGCUGAGCUUGACCGGGCAAAAGAACUAUUAGACAAUUCGAUAAGGAUAGCACGCCAUGUUUUGAGUAGAUCUAUGAAGCAUAAAGGUGAAAAGGACAAUUAUGGAGCAUCUGGAGAAACUAGAAGAGAUAGGCAUGCUGCAUUGGUGAUACUGUUACAAUCACUUCAAGCUCUUGGGCUUCUGGAGAUCACAAAGCAAGAGAUGCUGGAGACACAGCUGGAGAAAAAUUUGCCUGUUCAUAAGGCUGAAAGUGCACUUUUUGAAUGCAUUGCCACUUACAAAGAGUUUGCAACAGAGAAGUCAAUUAGUGCUUCUCCAGAAGUGAAGGCAGAGUAUCUUUCAUGUCUGAAACAUCUUUCAAGUUUAAUAGGCGAUGCCAAUGCUGGGGGAAGACACAAAUUAAGGGAACCUACUUUGCAAGAACUGAAAGAUGAAAUCAAGCGUUUAGAAGUUGAAGUAUCUUCCAAGAGAAGAUAAAAAUGAUAAACCUGUGGCCAACUCAGUAGCACCAGAAGUAACAGCCAGAAAAAUGAACCAGUUCAGUUCCUCAGAUAUGUGCAUGCAGAAAAUAUGAACGAUCAGGUUCAGUUCGUUCUGUGACCUGUAUCAUACUUGAAUAAGAGUGAUAAAUUGUCUUGGUAGCCUUGUCUUCUUUGCCGGACCUCUCUCCGGAAUUUUCUUGGCAAGUCAUGACACCACACGAUGCCAGCUUUUGGUUAUGUGGCCUUGAAUGAAUUCAGUUUUAUGAGUA